AUGUCUGGUCGACGCCUCCGUACUGUACGACACAGUGAUUUUCUUCGCGUAUCAUCUAUCGCAUUAUCCGUUCGCCACUGUCUUAAAAAAAUCAGGGACCUCCCUGAAGUAAAUUCGAUCUCAGGAGACGGAGCCGCCGAUUACCCGGACUGGGAAACUAUCGAGAAAAUAGAGGUGGUCUUCAUGAACUGGAUCAAAAGCUAUAGGACCAUCCCUGAAGGCGAGCCGUUUCCACCAGGACAGAUACCGCGCCGCAUCCCUAGGGCCAACUCUACCAUUUAUCGACACCCAGACCUAUUGAGACAAUCUUUUGCAGCAAGAGACCGUCCAGUAUGCUUGGAGACUGUACGUCGUACCGUCGAGGACCUCUACCAGGCGCUACUACACAAGACCGGGAAUCACUUUCAUUACUUGCACAUAGCCAUUGAAAUGAUUGAGGAGAUGGGUACUGAUUAG